CCCAGAGAUAGAAGACACACAGACGAAGGAAACAAGAAAAGGGGUCUUAAGACAAAUCUCACAAGACAUGCAGACAACAGAGAUGAAGGUUUUACUGGCUGUGUUUUGUGUGGUUACCAUAGUCCAGUCCUGCCACGCAGUGUCCAGCAGUGGUGAAUGCUACUUCAACGCAAAAGCCAGUUGUGAACACAAGGGCCGUGUAUAUGGCAUAGGAGAGAUGUGGAUGAACGAGGAAUGUUUCCAGUGUGUUUGUUUUGAACCUCUCGGAGUGGGCUGCUGUGAAGACGGAAAACAGCCUGUGGAUUACCCGCCCUGGUGUGAAGCUGUUAGAAAGCCAGAUUCCUGUACGGUUGCUGUGGUGAUGAAGGCCAACCAUAAACUGCCUUGUCUGUUCAGCACCAAGAGCCGUUGGAGAUCAGGGCAAGGGCUGCUGUGGAAAUCAGAUAAUGAUCCACUAUUCUAGACUGCACCAUUGACGCGCACAACCGACACAGUUAAUCCAAGUAGUUUUGUGUAAAAAGAAAUCUGAUAAAUUGCAUGGAACUAUUUUGGGAUAACAAAAUUUAAGGAUUUCUCUGUGUUCAGUCCCAGCAUGAUUCCAGCCUGGAUUGUGCGUCAGUAGAAAUUUGACCCUAUAAGAGCGCACACGGUCAGCGCCUUACAAUUUUUAAAAAUGUAUAUUAUAAUUAAAUUAUAUUUUGAGUCCCAGACCUGCAAUGUGCACUGGAUUUAGGACUCUGUAUGUGACUGACAACAAAAGUGUAACUGGGAUUAAAUAUUUUUCCAGUAACACUGAUGGCUAUAAAGCAAAUAAAAUAAAUAAAACUGAAAUCAGGAACACUUUGUGGUUAAAAUCAAUUUUGUUCUUCACUUAUACAAGUAGUUCUUAAAAAGGGGCCGGGCCACCUUGAGGGGCACACGAUGGUGCGAGGGGUAGCAUAAUUAUUUAAUAAAAACUGUAAUUAACCUGAGAAAAAUAAAGCUACCAACCAGUAGCCCUGCAUUGAAUAAUUUAAUACAUUGUUUAUUCAAAUUCUUAGUUUGAGAUUGUUUUAAGUCAUGAAUUUUCUUUAUGAGGGGUGCAUCUGCAUUAUAAUUUUGGCACUUUUCCUUUGCAUAGUACCCCACUGGGUCAGCUUACUUUUGGGAGCUUUUCCAUUGGGUGCAGUACGUAGUACCGGAUACUUUUUAAGUACCCCCUUGGUAGGGGUUCCAAGCGUCCCGAGCUGACACCAAAACGUGACGCGAAAACACUUUAGAUCACCGCUUGGUCUGAAAGAAUCGCCAAUACCACCAUCAUUGCUAUAAUGUUAAAGAUUAGCUUUACCUUCAUGCUAGCUUGCGCUGUCUUGAGUAAACCUGUUGUCAUCUGUGCUUUGCUGUAAGUUCCCAAACUCCCUUUAAGUGAUGAAAAACAUCCACAGGUUGUGAAUCAGGAACACCAAACAGUUUUUUUCCCAGACUUGCAGUGUGUGGCAGCACAUUUGCGACGCAAACGUCCGCAUAUAUGCUUAAAUGCAACUUAAACGAAGCUCAGUGGAGUGCGUCGACCGCAAACUGUCAUGCGAGACAGAGGUAGUGAUAAACGCAAUAUGCAAACAUCUAUUUGUGGUGGUCAAUUUAAAUUUUGUGGUGGAUUGAGAAAUAAAUGAAUGUAUGGGAAUGUACAACAACGCUCUCACUUGUAUGAUGUCACAGCAGUAGGCAGCGCAAAUAUAACGGCAGGCCUAUAAUCCCUCCCACUCCGAAGUGUUACUAAACUCGAUGGAAAAGCUAACCAAGCCAAAGUGAGGUGAGCUGACCUG